AUGGCACGGCCACCCAGUCCCAUCGAUCAGUACCGUGACUAUAUCACCUUUCUAUACCUCAAUGGCGCCUCGCGAAGCAAGAUCAGGCAUAAGCUUCGGAAGCGUCACCAUAUCGCUGUCGACCUCAGCACAAUCUCCCGGCGGAUAGCCAGCUGGGGACUUCCGCGUCAGCAAUCACGUACCAUUGAGACGCCUGAGCUUGUAGAAGCUAUCCGCGACCUUAUCUUCCGCGUUGGCCUUACCGAGAAGCAGACCUUGAGUGUCCUUCAGAGGCAAGGCUGGCCCAUCACCAAAAGAGGUUUAAAACGGAUCAGACUUCACCCGGACCGCCGCUGGGUUCGUCGCAUCAAUAGCGAUGAAGAACGCCUUACCUUAUUGGAGAAGACAGAGCAGGUUAUUGUCGAGAUGGCGCAGCGGUCCAAUGCCAUUGCAGGAUACGGCAGAAGGUUUCUCCAGCCAUAUCUGCGCCAGCAACAGCAGCUCUGGGUACCAAGAGAUCCCCUCUUUGAGAUGUACAAAAUUAUGUUCCCAAACGAGGUCGAGAUGCGCAAAAGGAUGAUGCGGAGGAAGAAAGGGCAGUUCCUUGUCCCGGGGCCAAACUACCAGUGGUGUAUUGACGGCCACGAUAAGCUCAAGGCGUAUGGAUUCGAGAUAUACGCCGCAAUCGACGCCUACUCACGCAACAUUAUCUGGUUCUAUGUUGGCCACUCUGCUACAACCGCCUUGAGUGUGUUGAAGCAGUAUUUGGCUGCAUGCGACACCUAUGGCUUCCGCCCGUGGUUUCUGCAAGCAGACAGGGGCAGUGAAACGCCAUUAGUCGCAGCAGCCCACUGGAACUUUGCUUUGGCUGCAGGCGGAUGCGUGGAAUGGAAUGGACAGGUCUUCCAACAGGGCAAACGAUUGAAGGAUUCCUACAAGGCGGCACCGAGUACGAAGAAUGUCAAAAUCGAGGGUUGGUGGGAACGCAUGCUUCACGUCUGUUCCCGACAGUGGGUAGACUACUUUGGAGAGCUUGCUAGGGAUAGGGAUUUUGACGGCAGCAUGCUUGAGGACCAGAUUGCUAUCUACGCUGUCUUCGAAGGUGUACUACGUCAAGAGCUCUUCGACUUCGUCGAAGCGUGGAAUCUACACAAAAUACGCCUCCAGAAGAACCGUCCCCACGUUGUCCACGGCCAGCCCUGGAUGAAUUAUCAUUACCCAGACCCAGACAAGGCCUGCAAUUGGGGGAUCCCUAUCGACCGCCCGGUUCUAGGCGAAAUGCUACGACCCCUGGCUAGUAUCGAUAUCAGCACAUGUCUAGAGCCAGAGACGAAGGAGUAG